UGUUUUCUACUUUUUCAAGGUUUUACGCAUUACGUUUUUAUGUAAAACUUUAAAUUACUUGGAAUCAUCUCUGUUUUAAAAUUAGCAAUAUUACCUAGUUCGCGAAAUGUUCAGCGUUCUUCGUUUGUCUGCUUGUUUAGUGCGGAGCCCUGGGAGCUUCUCAAGUUCGGUGUUUAAAAACCUAGCUCCUAAACGAUCGUUCCUGAGUUUUGCAGGCCACACCGGUAACGGCCGGUCACUACUGCAAAGAGUUGAAAAGAUUAAACCUACACGCAUUUUACAAACCUCACUAACGCGGUACUGUACAAAGCCGGAAGUAACCGAAAAGGGCCGCAAAGCGGUUGGCUAUUGGCUGCUGGGAUGUAGCGGAAUGGUCUUCGUUGCUGUCGUGUUAGGUGGAGUGACACGUUUAACAGAGUCGGGACUUUCAAUGGUAACGUGGAAGCUGCUAGGGGAAAAGAUGCCCAGAACGCAGGACGAGUGGGAGCGAGAGUUUGAACGGUACAAGCAGUUUCCAGAGUUUAAGAUCAAAAACAAAGACAUGACGCUUAGUGAAUUUAAAAUGAUAUGGCACAUGGAAUUCGGUCAUCGAAUGUGGGGUAGACUAAUUGGUGCAGUUUAUGCGAUACCUGCCGUAUACUUUUGGUCCCGAGGGUAUUUGAAUCGUGGUAUGAAAAUCAGAACAGUUGCAUUUGGGGUUCUAAUUGCUGCUCAGGGUUUGAUGGGCUGGUACAUGGUUAAAUCUGGCCUAGAGGAUCGAUUCCAUGAGGAAAGCGACGUGCCGCGUGUUUCCCAGUAUCGCUUGGCUACUCACUUAGGAUUUGCAUUUGUACUGUAUACACUGUUUUUGUGGUCAGCACUGGACAAACUUCUGCCAGCCCAGAGAUUACUGGGUAACAUUCCGGCAGCAUCCUUGCGGUUUAAGGGAUUCGCUCAUGCCACUAAAGCAGCAGUAUUUUUCACCGCUCUUUCCGGUGCAUUUGUAGCUGGGCUGGACGCUGGAUUGAUCUACAAUUCGUUCCCGAAAAUGGCUGACCGAUGGAUCCCAACUGAUAUUCUUGCUCUUUCUCCGACUCUGCGAAAUUUUACCGAGAAUCCCACGACGGUUCAGUUUGAACAUCGAAUCCUCGGCACGGCCACACUGACACUCAUCACGGGAAUGUUUAUGCUUUCGAGACGUCGCGUAUUGCCGCCGAGGGCAUACACGGCAGCAACGGCCGUAGCUGUGAUGGGAUGGACGCAAGUGUUGCUGGGUAUUACGACCCUGCUUACGUAUGUUCCGGUGCCGCUGGCAGCUAGCCAUCAGUCCGGUUCAUUGAUUCUGCUUUCGUUGGCCAUUUGGCUGACACAUGAACUAAAGCUAGUCAAACGUUUGCCCAAGUAGUGUUCCACAAAAUGUUUAAGUGUACUUACACAGAUGAAUGUGUAGAUGAAAAGAAAAUAGAUAACCUCACGCGUGCUGGUUAAAAAUAAAUGUAUUAAAGAGUCAAACGAUCUCUUCGCCAUUGCAGCAAACAAAUCACGUAUUCAUCGCAGAUGGUUUUGCAUUUUCAGAUCAGGGUUAACUAAGGACACACACAUUAAAUAUAAAUAAGAGGACUA